AUGUUGGGCUAUCGAAGUGAUAGGGGAGUAACAUUGGUUGUUUUAAUUGGUAUCGAUGGCAAUCGUAAGGAACACAGGAUAUACAUGUACAGCUCGCCAAAACAUUUUGAGACAAAGGACAAUUCACGAAUUGGUUUUAAUACUGAAAGUAAGUCUAUGAUGUUGUAUAUUUGUAUGAACUGCGUGUUUACCGAGUGGAUUGAAAAUCAGUUAAUCGAAUUCGUCGAGCAACUCCCGAAUAUGUUCAAAACAUUAAAUGUAGACAAGAAUCAAAAUUAUUGUAUUCUGGACCACGGUGAUUCAAAAAAAUAUAUCGAAGAUAUGUAG